AUGCCGGUUUGCUGCCUGUCUGAGCUACGACAUGUGCAGCUGAAUCUUCUUUUCUUCCUUGUUUCCUUCUUUAAGUUCAAUUAUCCCCGAGUACAACGAAAUCGCAAGUCACGCAACAACAUGCCUCGAGUCUCACUAACGACUCUCUUCGGAGUCGACCCGACUACCGAUGACAAGCACCACUUCGAGACGUCCUGGAUCUUACCCCCUGCUAUCCUCGCCGGUCUCCGCGGUCUGAUCUCACUGUACAUUUUCACCUCCAUCUUCAUCUUCUGGGGAUGGUACGGCACCCACGAUGACAACGCUUCGAUUGGCCACUCCUUCAGCUACUUCACCUGGCUGACUUACUGGGGUAUUGGCUUCUACAUGCUUUUCGCUGCGAUCCAUACAGCCUGCUAUGCACGAACGCGCCGCUCGAUUCUCCUCGACCGCUGGCCGCGAGGCCUUCGCGUACUCCAUAGCCUGUUGUAUGUGACAGUCACGACAUACCCGUUUCUAGUUACGGUUGUCUUCUGGGCUCUCCUCUUCACUCCACCGUGGUACGAGAAGAUAUUCACCGGCUGGCAAAAUAUCUCCCUACACUGCCUGAACUCCGUCUACGCCCUACUGGAAAUCCUCCUCCCAGCCACAGCGCCGCACCCAUUCAUCGCAAUCCCAUUCCUAAUCCUCAUGCUUCUGCUCUAUCUCUGCAUUGCAUACAUCACCCACGAAACCGAGGGCUGGUACCCGUACUCCUUCCUCGACGUCGGCGACCACGGACGGAAGAGCAAGCUUGUGACUGGAUACUGUUUUGGCAUCUUGGCUGCGGUUCUGGUAAUCUUCCUCGUUUCCUGGGCGCUGAUUCAUUUGCGCCGCCGUCUGACGCACGGUAAGAUUAAGCGGUCGAGACGGGAUCCGUUAUCCGCGCGCAAUGCUUUUGCUGGGACGUGUGUUGGUGGGCGAUUGAAUGAGAUGAAGGGUGUGCCGGGUUAG